AUCGUUGUCGUACCACUUAUCGUGAAAGGGAUUUAUCCGCUCCUGUACAAGCUUCGCAUACCUUUUAGGUUGAUUAUAUAAAUAUUUACAGCUUUUUUGCUCAUCAGCUUAGGUAUGGCGUACGCGGUAGAAGUCCAAAAAUUUAUCUACUCCUCCAGCCUAUGCUACGAGGCGCUACUUGCGUGCCUGGACUUAGCCGGAGGCAUCAUCUCGAACAAUGUGAACGCGCUCGUUCACUUCAUACUUAGAUUUGGUAAGAUCUCCGGCUUUGCGUUCGUAACAGAGAACUAGUACUCGGAAGCUCUAAUUAACAUAAAAGUUCUUGUUCAGUUAAUGAUGCAAGUGACGUCCGCUGUGGGAGUCUUAGGUAUAAUUAUGUCGCCGCUUACCAUCGAUUCCAGUCUUGUUCUGAUGUACUCUAUACUAGUAGGAGCAUUAGUCAUAUCUUCAGUCUUAUUCUUGCUGGCUUUUCGCGGCUACGAAACCAAGGGAAAGAUCAGGUUAGAAGAUUAGACAGGGUAGGAAGAGUGUCAACAUUC